AUGUGCCUUGUCCAUCUAGCCCAACCUCAAUGCUGUGGACCCGUCCUACGAACUUGUUGUCCGCCCGCCCUGCCACCUUGUUGCUCCCUUCCUCCUGGUGGCUACCGAGGUUACUGUACAAUGGGAUCCCCGCUGUUUAACAUCUCACAAAAGGCUUAUCAGGAUCUGCAGAAGAUUAAACAAGAUAAUAGCUUAUCAAAGCGAAUGUUCGAUAUAAAAAUGCAGAAAUGGGCGAUUGAAAACAAAAUAGGGAGCCAGUAUAGAGCAAAUAAAAAGGUGAUGGAAGAUCUGAAAAAGCAGACUCAUGAGGAUUUGGAGGACGGUGUGAAAAAGCUAAAAGACGUAAUGAAAGAUCUUGAGAAGAUUGAGAGUGAUCAAGGGCUCACCAGGCAAGAAGCCUAUUUCAAGCAAAGAAAGAUUCUGGAUAAGUUGAGUCCAAGAGAGGCAGCUCUUGCACGAUGCGCAGCAAAAGUCUAUGCUCCAGCUUAUGAAAAUCUACCAAGGGAAGGAGAUUGCGGAUUAGGACCAUUGAGCUGGAUGCCAAUGGGCUUAUUUGGACCUUUUGGAAGUGGCGCUCCUGCGCCAGGGUAUGGAGGAGUAUGCCCAAGUGGAAACUGCGGGUAUGGAGGAUGGCCAGCUGGAGUACCUUGCGCAACGGGACACUGUGGACCUGGGGCAUGGGCACCCGGAGUGUGCCCUGGAGGGCAGUGCGGAAACGGAUGGGGAGCGCCCGCGCCAUAUGGAUUUGUAGUCCCGGGAAUGGGAUACUUUGGCAGACGUUAA